GUUCUAGCAGCAGACACAAUGAAACGAGGGGCAAUGUAGGACACCACGUUGGGGCUUGAAACGCAGACACGCCGGUAGCGUAUUAUUUUUUAACUUGUUUUUUAUUUUUUUAAUCGUUUAUUUCAUUUGUUUCGUUUGUGUUUACUAUAGAUAGAUAGCAGAGGCCGCUGCUGAUGAGAAAAAACAACGAGUUGAAAGUCUUUGGAGAAGAACCGAACGGGCUCAGGAAACGAGGCUCUCCAUCAUAACUUUUGCUUUGUCGUUAAACGCAGUCGCGAUAAAAUGUCGUUCGCUUAUUCGGAUUAUCUGGCCGCCGAGUGUCUGGUGUCGAUAUCCAGCGGUCCCGUCCUCCAUCGACCCACCCCGGUGUCUGGUGCGGCUCAGGGCCCUCCUCAGGGCCUUCCUGCCGGGGAACCAGACGGGUCGAGCGAGGACAGGGAGGUGCGGGAGACGCUCCGGUUAGAGGGGGCCAACAUGAUGACGGUGGCGGAGAUCCUCACCGACCUACAUGGCAAGUUUCGUCCUAUGUCGGCCUACUCCGAAAGCAGCAACUCGUCAUGCGGAGAGAGCGGCUACACCACGUUGUCUGACUCCACCACCCCAACGCCGACCAUGACCCCCUCUGCCACCCCUGUCCCGGGACAGUACAACAACACCCCUCAGCAGAUUUGGGGAGGAGGGGGCGCACCCCGGUCCCCCACCAAGCGUCACCCUUGUACUUUCGACGGGUGUGACAGGGUGUACGGCAAAUCAUCCCACCUGAAAGCGCACAUCAGGACCCACACAGGUGAGAGGCCCUUUCCGUGCACUUGGCCCGACUGCGAAAAGAAGUUUGCCCGUUCCGACGAGUUGGCCCGACACCUGCGUACACACACCGGCGAGAAGCGCUUCCUGUGCCCGCUCUGUGACAAGCGUUUCAUGCGCAGCGACCACCUCAUCAAGCAUGCCCGCCGACACCCCAACUUCCACCCCUCCAUGAUCAACCGCAAGGGUUCGGCUCAGGGAUCCGCUCCGACCCAGUCCUCCACCGCCACCACCUCCUCAGAGUAUGCCAGCACUGCCGUGUAAACGCCCCCUCACCGGGACUCCUGCCUUCUGCACUGUGACCACCGUCUCUGUCGGACACUGCAGCUUGACUCGAUCGCCGUGCAUGCUGGGAUCCUUUUAAGCUCAGUCCUCACAUCCACAGGCCAAAAAUGAAGAACUUCACCACGUCUUCCUCCGAAACCCCUUCGCCCAAAUAGUGGCGACCAAAACGGGCGAAAGGGACACAAACGCUCAAGCACAUUCCCGAGUCACGAUUAAACGGUCACAUGACCGACAAGUGAUGCCGAACGCAGAAUUGCUCUUAAAUCGGUUGCUUUUGGUGGAGUAGAGUCUAAAAAUUGUGUAAAACACUGUUUUGGAUGCAUGCGAUUAAAAUGGCCACCAGCGGUAGCACAAUAUUUUUCAUCGGUCAUCUUGGUGUAUCACUUGUCAGCCAUGUUUUAGAAUCUCCGAAAGGAUGCGUCACAAUUUGAGGGAAAGUUUACUUGAUCUUUGUUUUUUAGUCGUUCCAUCAUCAGAAAUUUCACAAACCUGUCUUUUUGUAUAGCCAGAAUGGCAAACCCUCUCUGGUUUUGCAUGUACACACAUGCUGUAUGACACAAUAACCAGAAUUAAGUAUUUGUGCGUUGCUCAUGAAAUCGUCACGUGCAGUGACCUUAUGCAUUCUUAAACCUCUUUGGCUUUGCUAAAACCUUCAAGUUGUGAUGUCAAGAUGAAUAUGAUUCUUGACAACAUUUGAAACCAAACAAUUGAACCGAAUCGGCCAGUGCGUUUCUUCUGAGUUGAAACACUGCCUGUAAUGCCGCAUUUCCACAUAGCUUUCCCUACUGAAAUCGUAAUAAGUUAUUGUCAUCUUAAUUUACUUUUGUGCCUAUUUCCUUUUGUUUUUUUUGUUAGUAGUAUCAGCAUGGCAACUGAAAUAGUCAUUUUUUUUAUUAUUAUUAUUAUUAAUUAAGUAAUAUUAUUAGACCAUGCAUUUAUUAUUAUUAUUAUUAUUAUUAUUAUUAUUUUCCGCUUGGAGGAACUUUUUUGUUUGUCCAUGUAAUGUUGACAUGUUGGUACAUGUAGCAAUGUGUUUAAUAGUAAUGUGGAUACGUGUAGAUAAAUAUCUAUGCUUGCAGCUUCAGUGGUAAAGAUGUUAUUAUAUGAACUACUAGAAGUAAUACACCUUAUAUUAGGGGUGACAGUACACGCUUGAAUAGAAUAGUGCUGCUUGUGUGAAUGUUUGCGCGUCGCGUUCGUGUGUGUGUGUAUUCACGCGGGAGAGCCACUGAGAAACGAUCUCUCUCAAACUGUCCCGCCUGUGGACCUCCUACAACUAUCUCAGAGAACAAAAAACACAUCAGGAAACUCAAAAAGCCUUAAAAUCCUUUGACUUGUUUUGCACCAUUGUUUACUGUCGAAUAUUUUCUACAGGUAUGCCGUCAGGCGUCGUUCUUCUCGACUAAAGAAAUACACAUGCAAUAUUGCACUUUUUUCUUACUGGUAUUGUCAGUGAUGCUAGUCGUCUGCUAGUGUGAUGGGUUUCACUGUAUAGAUGCUACUGCAUAGUGCUCAACUAAACGAACACUGUGGAAGGAGAUAAAGACCUGUCACAAUAAAUCAAUACAUUCGUCAAAUGUGCACCUUCGUCUGAGUGCUUAAACCAGUGUGAGGAAAAUGGACUUGAUUUUUGUGAACUUCUCACUUUCAUUUGUAUUUCGCUUUACAUUUGGAGUGUAACGGAUACGAAAGAUCUGCUUGCAGUUCGUCUGGUCUCAAAACUACAGCUGUUUUUAAUGGUUCGUCAUACCAUUUCCUAAUCAUGCAAUAUUCAGAGCGCUUUAAGUAACUGCUGGCAGUAACCUGAAGCGUGAUGACAACUGAUAAGUUCUCAAACACAAUAACAAACCAAACCUGAACAGUAUAUAAGACUCUGUUUGUUUUGUAGCUCAUUAAAUGAUGUGUUCCUUUCAAUUCUUGUAUGUCUGGCCGGGAUUUUCGUCUUUUUUUGUGUGUGUGUGUGUCGUUUUUAGUGGUUGUUUUCCUGUAGCGAGUCGUCUGUGGAUCUGUUGACCGUUGACGGCAUCAAUGGUACACUGUGUUGGGCUGCGGUGGGCUUUGUGUGCGAUUCUCGACAGACUGAGACCUUUGUGAUUGCGUCUUUUGAUUUUCACUCACAAUGCCCUCUUUUAGCGAUCCGGAUUCAACUUUGCAUUUGAUAUCCCUCCCAUUGUACCCAAACACGUUUGCAGCUAGUACUCUGGACAGCCAUCACAAACCACUGGAUCAAGUCUUGAUUUUUAUAUUUUUGUGUGUUUUGUGGUCUUUGAUUUCGGUUAUUAUCUUUUGUAUUUGGUUUGAUGUACUGGAAAGUCUUGUUUUCUUAUGCUUUGUAUUGGUUUACAUACUGUAGAUGUCUAUAAACAUAGCUUUCUAGAUAGCUUAGCAAUCGUAUAGCUGAGAAAAUGCGUAUUCCAUAGUUCCUUUGGGAGAAAUGCUGCAUCAUUUGCUGUGUUUGAGGCAUCCGACCUCUGCGGGUCAAACUCAAGCGAACUGAGAUGUGUGUGUGAGUGUGGCUGCUUUUAAUCAUGAUGCUAGAUUGGGAAUAUGUAGAGUGACGACUUUAUUUUGAGAACUGCUUUGUUGCUUGGCGUACAAUCUAGAUCUUGUCCAUCAGUUUUGACACACUAAAAUGAUUAUGCACUGAUUGGCGGAUUGUCUGUAGCUAUCACACUACAGGAUGUCUAAUGAGAUCUCCUGAGGUCUCAGUCUACGGCCACGUCUCAUAUCAGUGAACCGAUGGGUUUUGUCAAUACAAAAGCUUCCAUGUAUCUCCUCAGGUGAUAAAACGUAAUGCUGAAAACCUCUGUCCUUCAUGAGCGGGACCUAAUGUUAAGCGUUCUUUUCAUUUGCUUUGUUUUGCAUUAUUCUGCGAUUUGUUUUUAUUUAUUACAUGCUUUUGUUUUGGUGUGCUUGAAAAUAUCUUUUUUUUUUUUUUCAGUACUUUAUUUUAUGGUAUGAGACUUGAUUAAUAUUUUGAUUUGAUUCAUUGUUUGCCUCCAGCAAAAACAAACUAAACCUUCCAGUGCUUUUUAAAUAAUAAAUAAAUGGAUUAAGAAUUA